GGUAUGUCAUUUAAUCAACGGUAAACCUGGUCUCCUAGGUAUUAUGUUAACGUAUUUUUUUUGUAUUUUUCAGAACAUACAAUGUCUGUCGUGUCAGAAAAUGAAAUUAGAGUAGUUGAGGAGGUGGUUGCCGAGGUCCAUCGGGACGCCGAAAGCGUCGACCCGAAGACGGAUGUAACUCAGAACAAUAAAAGUAGACGGGGACGUGGAAGAUCCCGGGGACGUGGAAGAUCCCAGGGACGUGGACGGAAUUGGGAUCGGGGACGUGGACGGUAUCGGAGAAGUGGACGGGAUCGGGGACGAGGGCCACGACGACAUCGUGGUCGAGAAGAAACAACGAAGACCAUCAGCCCACCGGCUCCGCCGACACCGGCUCCGCCAACACCGGCUGAGACAUCGGCGCAGCAAAAUGCCCCCUCACAAGGGGGCAAUACAUUCGUAUUUAAUUUUUAUUAUAAUUUAAAAUAA